AUGCGGGGUAUCGAGGAGCACGAGAGCAGAGCAACGAUCCACUUUGGCGCCGGCGCCAAAUCGCCAAACCUCUCCACCGCGCGCUCCGCUCGGAGCAGUGGUCAGACCACGCAGACCUGCGCUGUCACUGUGUCCGACAGCGGAGCAGGAGCAGCAGGAGGAGGCGGCCCGGCGGGGGGCGGGGACUCCUCCCAGACCCGCUUCACCUCCUCUCUCCCCACCUACCUGCCCGUCCAAUGCCAGCUAGGAGGCGCCGACUCUGCCUACUUCCUUCGGGAUGCCAAUCAGGAAGUCAUGCGGAACGGCAGCCUAUCGUCUCGCACCGAGCGCUUUUUCCUCCACAAGAUGGAGGGCGGCAUGGGAGUCCCGCCCACCCUGCCGUCCGUCAACUGCAGCUAUGGCAACCUGAGUGUGGAGCAGCAGAUCCCAUUGGAGCUGCUGCAGGGCCCGCCCCCGCGUCUCCUGGCCACGCCCAGCCACGCCACGCUGAACUGGAACGUCAAAGGUCACGUGGUGAAGUCCCGGGUGGGGUCGUCCCAGCCGUGGAUACAGGUGCUGUUCUACCUGGCGGGACGGCGCUGGGACGAGCCCGACCCCCCUCCCCCCUCCGUCCUGCCCUGCGUCCGGGCCCUGGCCAUCCGGGACCCCAGCGAGUCGGGGCCCUCGGCCGGGUGCCGGCUGGUGGGGGUCCCCGGUGUCUGCGUGGUCCGCCUGGACCUCCCCACUGCCUGGUUCUCCUCGCCGCAGUCGAGGAAGCGGCCGGCGGAGUCGGUCCUGCACGCCGUCGACGUGUACUCCUCCAUCGUGCCGGUGGAGGGGCCCGGGGACGAGUGCCCCUCCAUCGUCAACAAGCCCUGGAAGGGCAUGAGCGCGCACAUGGGCCAGAUGGGAGCCCUGGGCCUGGGGAUGGGUGGCGGGCAGUGGAGCCCCCUGGUGGGCGGGGGGCUCCAGGACAUGCAGAGGGUGGGCGCGGUGGCGCUGGUGACGGGCCCGGCGGCGGCCAAGGGGGAGCGGCUGAGGCUGGACGAGAACCUGGAGGUUCUGGUGCCACCCAGCCCGGUGCGGCCGGGGAAGACGGUGGCCUUCGGCGUCCACAUGAGGAGGGACUCCAACGUGGAGCGGUUCACGCUGAGGUGAGGAGAGCGGCCUCGGACUGGUGUCACCGAGCUGGGGUGUGUGGUCUGACCAAAGCUUGAAGGGCAGUUCCAUUGACCGCCUUGUAGGCCAGCACCGUCCUCUUGAAUCUGAUGGGAGUUUCUACAGGGAGCAAGUGGAGGUCACGGAAAAGAGGGGGUCGCAUGGGAGAAUUUAGGGAGGUUGAACGAGAGGAUAAGGUUGAACGCAAGAUAAUUUCUGUCAUGUUUUGUUUAUCCCUGUGUCUUUUCUAACGAGUCGGUUUCCCCCCCACAUCAUCUCCUCACCAUCGUGUUUCUCCACUCCGCCAUCUUGCUUUCUUCUUGCAUCUUCCCCGUUUUGUUGCCUUGUCAUUUUUCCCCUUUUUCCCAGCCUUGCGUUUUUGCACGAUACGCCGUGCAAGCCGUGCAAACACGCUGGCAGCCUGCCGGGUUUGAUAGCUGUCACCUGUGUUUGCUCGUGCCCUCACUCCGGAGCCAGCAAUGCAAAUAACUACCUCAUGAAUAUUCACGAUGAAUCGGGGGGAGGAGGGAGAGAGAGACUCGUGUGGGAAAAGACGGAAAGAGAGUGAAAGAGUGAAAUAAUUGAAUGCGAGGUACAGAAAAUAAAUGUUUCUCUUAGAUAGAUGUUUUUUUUAUAAAAUCGUUACCGUUGUUUUGUCUAAAUGGUUGGGAAGUCGGGUCCCCCAAAAGCUCUCUUAUAUUUAUCCCCUAGUCUUACAUUGUUGUAAGUGUCAUUGAAGAAAUAUUGUGAAGAAAUACGGACAGCAAUACCAUGUUCUGCUUUAUAACAAUAAAUAGCACGAUGGCGCUAGUUAGGGCUUACCCUAUUAGCCAGUCCCUCCAGAAAAAUGUGGCGUUUUUUGUGAUUGUUGCGGCCAAAAAUCCUUGAUUAUGCGGCACGUUUUCUUAAAAAAUGCGAUGAAAUAUGUGUCAUAUUUGUGCAAUUUUAUGCAAUGAACUUGCAAAAAUUGCAGCUUUUCGAUGACGUUCACGUCGCGUAAUUACGUCACUUCAUAACGUUCCCAUGGCAACAGGGGGAAAUAGCUGCUCUUGUGUGAAGUAAACGCACAAUGUUCAACUUUCUGCUAAGAUAUAUGUGACUUUUUUGCAACGAAAAUUCAGGGAAUUAUGAAAUCAUGCAAGCCUCGCAUAUUUUGCGCGGAAAUCUGCAAUUUUUGCGGUGAAAGUGCGGCAUAUUUGAAAAAAUGCGGCUCCCGAAUGAAUAUGCAGACUUUGGCUGAUUAUGCGUUGAAUUAUGCGAUCGCAUAAUCACGUUUUUUCUGGAGGGACUGAUUAGCUAAUUUUUUUCAUUUUUCUUUUAGGGCAUUUAGCAGACCCUUUUAUCCAAAGCGACUUACAACAGUAUAAACACACAUUGACAUCAACAGCAGAGUCAACUAUGCAAGGUGACAGCCAGCUCAUCGGGAGCAGUCAGGGUUAGGUGGCUUGCUCAAGGACACCUCGACACUAGUGAGAGACAGGGAUUGAACA